AUGGCCCUUUCAAAAGAAUACACCAAAGAACAGCUGAACUACUUCAGAAUUUGCUAUGUAACCACUGAUUUACUAGCCGAAGGCCUCAGAGAACUUUUUAAACGUGAAUGGGACAAUCAAUACAAAUCAACAUCAUUGGGAGAAUGGAAAGAUUUGGCCCAGAAUGGAACGGACUUUUACAAAGGCGAGUCUCUAAGAAAUCAAAGAAGAAAUGCUCAUCUUUUGGCCACCAUGAUAAACGGAAACAGAGCGGAAUGGGAUUGCACAAUCCUGUUUUACGCCAUCCUUUACUCUGAUUGUGUCGGGCCCUACCUUGCAUCAACAGUCAGAAACAAUGUGGAUAAUCUUAGAAAAUUUAGAAACGAGGAAUUCGCCCACAUAUCACAGGGAAGUUUCCGUGAGAUGGAUUUUCAGAAUGCUAUUGGAAAAGUUCAUGUAGCGUUUAAUGCACUUGGUCUCUCUACUGUAAAAAUUGAUGAGAUAAAAAAUCAGAAAACUUUCCCAACCGACGAGUUACAUAAAAUUCUGAAAGAGGUUGACGAUGUUAAACAAGAUCUUCAAGAAAAAGAGAACCAGCGCCAGGUUCUUGAAGAGCAGCUUCAGAAAGAAGCGCCGUCAUUCUGUAUUCUCCCUGCUAAACCUACACACGAAAUUGAAAGCCGUGAAAGUGAAGUAGCACAAAUAGCCCAUCAGCUAAGGGAACUAAAGAAGGCCAAUGAGAAAAGGUUGAGUUAUCUGUACAUCUCAGGGAAUCCAGGAAGUGGCAAAUCACAACUAUCUGGCCUCGUAGCUGAAAGAUUCUUUGAUGAAGUAAAAGAAAUACCAGGCACUUCGUCCUUUGUGAUGACCAUAAACGCUGCCAGUCAAGAUUCACUUUUGGAAUCAUAUGCCAAUUUUGCUCGUCAGUUAAAGUGCCCAGAAUUUUCAGUGAUGAAAACCUUGAGCUCCAAGGAUUGUAACAUUGAAGACAAGAUUACCAAUCUCAAGAUGCUUAUUGCUGCAAAAAUUGGGUGUUACACGUCGUGGCUAAUGGUGGUGGACAAUGUGACUAAACUGACUGUAGUACAUGAUUACCUACCACAGUCUGGAACCGAGACGUGGGCAAGAGGUCAGUUGUUAAUUACAACCCAGGAUACAAAAUCCAUCCCGUUAAAAAGCUCUUUCAUCAAUCACAUUUCAGUAAGCCAAGGAAUGAAUCCUUACGAUGCCACUUCCUUAUUGGCCAAGCUUUCUGGGGUCUUCGACAAAGAGCUAGCGGAAAACGUUGCCCAGAAAUUGGACUAUCAGCCACUCGCUUUAGCAGGCGCGGCUUUGUUUGUCAAAGACAUUCGACAGGACGAAGCAUCGAAGCACUUUGGCUGGGACGAAUACCUAAAGAUUUUACAAAAAGGAAAACGAGAAACGACCGAGGAUACCCUUGCUGAUACCAACCCAAUUUAUCCAAAUACGAUGACUACAGCAAUAACGUUAGCUGUCGAAGCACAAGUUAAAUCCGACAAGUUUUUCGAACACCUAUUCAGAUUUCUUUCUCUGUGCGCACCACAACCAUUAAACGUUGACAUAGCGGUUAGUUACCUUAUAAACGUUCUCGAACACGAUGACAAAGAGGACAAGGAACACAUUCGCAGGAGAUUCGGAAGAUGUUCACUGCUUCUUUUAGAGGAAGACGAAGAUGGUUGCUACUACAUUCGUGUACAUCAGGUUGUGCACGACGCAAUGAAAUGGGUGAUGAGUGACUGUACAGAGAAUCAAACGAUCAAGGUUGUAAGUGAAGCUGUUACAUCAUUUAACAAAUUUAUAGUCACAAUUCCACACGAAAAUAGAACAAUGGACACUAUGUACAUCAUUCCGCACUUACGUGCCCUUAUUAUACCAAUUAAUACAGUUAUUAUAAUUACGACAGAAAAUAUGUGUCAAGUCCAUGUUCAGGACAUUUCUGAAAAAUUGUCGAAUCUUGGCAAGAUAUGUAAAAUGCAUUGUGAAUUUAACUUGGCAAAGACAUACUUGGAAAAUUCUCUAGCUGUUUGUAUCAGGCGGUUGGGUGACCAAAAUGUCGAUGUUGCAUCCGGGUACAAUGACUUAGCUUUAAUUCACGAGGACUUAGGUGACCUUGAACAAGCAAAGGAGUAUCAUCAACGUGGUUUAGCCAUCAAACUC